AUGUGGCCUGUGGAUCGCGCCGCGGCUGUGGCGCAGGCCGUCUACACGGCUUUCACAAUCCAAGCGUUUAUCCCCUUUGACCCGUCAACAGCGAAUGACCGGGUGCCAUUCACCGAUGACGUCCGAACAGCGGUACAGGUUCGCAGCGGCGACACAUCCAAGACGUUCCAUCCCAUCAUCGACACGGGGAGCUGCGGAUUUGUGGUGUCGGCGGCGGAUCUCCCCGGCUGGAACAAGACGGACGCAUCUCGACACCCCAGCGGUUGGGAGUUUCUCUCGAGCAGCAAAAUCCUCUACUCGGGACAUUGGAUCCCGAGGGACCUCUACUUCACAAACGCCGGCGUUGAAGUGCAUGCGCGGAUCCCGGUUCUCGCCGUGGAGACGAGGACGCAUUGUCCCAACUACAACAGGACGCGGGACACGAGCCGCUGCGCUACCCCGACAGAUGGCUCCAAGACGACCGUGACCAACAUGCCCAAGGGAAUUCGGGUUCUCGGCGUUGGGUUUGGGCGCGAGAAGGAUGGACAGCCGCAGGGCACCCCGGACAAGAACGCAUUCCUCAACGUGCGGACCAUCGACCGGGUCAACGUCAAAGGCAACGCCCGCUUCCGCAACGGCUACAGUAUCACCAAGGACGGCAUCACCAUCGGUCUCACCAAGGCCAAUACGGUCAACAUGAAGUUCUUCAAACUCUCGCUCCGAAACAAAGGGUCCGGCCCGCAUGACUGGGCCGCGAUAGGGUGCUGCAUGUCCGUCGACGGGGCCGCCUGCACACGCGGAACUGCCCUUGUGGACACGGGCGUGGCUCAGAUGUACAUGACGCUACCGCUCGGGACAAAGGUGCACCGCAAGGAGCCCCCCGUUCUGAACAAUGGCUCCGUCGUUGAUGUCACGCUCGGGGCACGAAGCAAAAUUGUUGCAAGCGAGACGUUUACGGUCGGGGACGCAGCGGGAAUCCGCAAUGGUGUGGUGCCCUCGAGCCACGCCACGCGCCUCACCCUUGCUGCAAUGCACAUCCAGGUGAUAGUCCUCUCCGGGCGCUCCGGGUCCGGCAAGACGACGACGGGCAACGAAAUGGCUGAGCAGCUGCGGCGACGGGGCCUCUGCCACGCGCACAUCGACGCCGACAACCUCGACGCCGGCAACUUUGACGCUGUGUUCCCGGAGGAGUCCGCCGCCGACAUGCUCCUCGCCAACCUGCGCGCCACGUGGGCCAACUACCACCACGGCCGCUACCGCUAA